AUGUUGUCUCACAUCACUCAAUCCAAAGAGGACGAGGAAAGGCACGCUAACUUGUGGCGUCUUAUCAAAAAUACAAAAAAAACUCACAACCAAAUGCUCGACCAAAAAUAUGCCAUUAUCAAAACUAUCGGAGAUGGACGAUAUGCAAAAGUGAAGCUUGCGAUAGAUUUAAGUAAUGAUAAAUAAGUGGCUAUCAAAUUCUUAAAAGUAAGAUAAGGUAUAAGCAAGCGCAAAGCACUUGAAUGCUUGCACCGAGAGAUAAAAAUACUGGCAGAUUGUGAUCACCCAAACAUAGCCAAAAUCAAAGAUUCCUCAUUUGAGGGUGUUUUAAUCAAGGAGCCGCUGAAUAUGGACAACUCACCAGAUUCAUAUGAUAAGGAAACCAAUAAAAAUGAUGAUUGCGAGUAGUUAACCGAGAGUAAACAGAUGAAGAGAAAGGUGAACGUGUGCUAUUACGUAAUGAAAUUAGCUGAGUACGGAGAGCUUUACAGAUUCAUUGAACAUACUGACAGAUUUCAAGAAAGACUUGCUCGAGCAUUGUUCUCUCAGCUGAUUGAGGGCCUAAAUUAUCUUCACCAGCACGGAAUAGCUCAUAGAGAUAUAAAACCGGAAAAUUUGUUGAUAGAUUCUAAAAACAGGCUAAUUAUUGCUGAUCUAGGUUUCGCAGUGUAGCUUGAUAGGGACGAGAUGCAGGGAGCCUCAUUAUACUAGUAAUAUGUUUAGAAAUGCAGACUGGUCGGCUCUGAAGAUUAUAAUGCACCGGAAAUAAUGUUUGAUGAAAUGCUGAAUGACAUGAAUUAAGAACAAGAAAUCAAGUAAAAAUCUGACUCUGAAAUUGCAGGCGGGUCUGGAGUGAAUACCCACUAGAAUAACUAGAACAAGAAUCAGAAGCACUUACUAUACGAUCCAAUGAAAGCAGAUAUCUUUUCUGCUGCAACAACACUGUUCAUAAUGGUUAUGAGAUGCUCUCCAUUUAGAAAAGCGCACAUGAAAGACCCUUAUUUCAAGAGAUUGUGUGCUUAGGAUAGAAGGCCCUUCUGGAACAUAUUCAAAGGUAUACUUUCGUCAACUGACUUUAAGGAUUUGUUCGAAUAGCUUACCAGAAGAGAUCCCGAGGAAAGGAUUAAUUUGAAGCAUAUCCUAAAUCAUCAAUGGCUUCUUAAUAAGGAUAGACUGGACGAAGAAGAAUUUAGUGAAGAGAUCAAAAGAAGGUAUGAAGUGGUUGAAAAAACAGCUGUAAUGGAUUUUGAUCAGCUGAACAAACAGGAUAAGAUGAUGCACUCUUCAGUUGAUAAUGAACUCCUCAUGAAAGAUUUAGAAGAAUUCGAAUAACUUAGAUAAACUCUUGUAGAUGAAAUAAAUCAGGUCAAUAAAAAACUGCUCUACAAGAGGAACCUUAAAAUUAUCAAAAGGGAAGCAAUGAAAUUCAUGAUUGAUGAUUCAUCAGCAAACAUGCCUAAUUUUUAGAUGUAAUGUUCAAUUCCAGAGCCCAAGUAGUCCAGUUCAAGUUCGAAGUUGUAUCACUCAGACCCAGAGAACUUCAAAGUUAAUGAUUAGAGCUAGGAGGAAGAAGAAACUAUUAAAAGGAACUAAAGAACCUCAAGUCAAAACGAUAGUCGGCUGAACUCAUUUGAUGAGUGA